CUUCCCUCCCUCCCUCCCGCCAGUGACGAUCCCUUGCUCCCCGCCACCCCCCCUCUGUGCAUCCCUACCUCUGCGAUACGGGCCCUUACUUGCCUGGCUGGGACUGGAAGGUAAUGGAGGCGGACGCAAACCAAGCCAACUCGGUCCUCAGUACCGACUCACAGCACGAUCCCUGCAAAAUGUUCGUCGGGGGACUGAGCUGGCAAACCACACAAGAAGGUCUGAAGGAAUAUUUCUGUAAAUUUGGGGAUGUAAAGGAGUGCAUGGUGAUGCGGGAUCCUGUUACAAAACGAUCAAGAGGAUUCGGCUUUGUCACUUUUGUUGACCAAACGGGCGUAGAUAAAGUUCUGGCGCAACCGAGACACGAACUCGAUUCUAAGACGAUCGAUCCCAAGGUGGCUUUUCCACGGCGAGCACAACCAAAGAUGGUGACCAGGACAAAGAAGAUCUUUGUGGGUGGAUUGUCAGUGAACACUACGGUGGAGGAUGUCAAGCAGUAUUUUGACCAGUUUGGAAAGGUAGACGACGCCAUGCUGAUGUUUGAUAAGACAACUAAUCGGCAUCGAGGGUUUGGGUUUGUGACCUUUGAGAGCGAGGACAUCGUGGAGAAGGUGUGUGAGAUCCACUUCCACGAGAUCAACAACAAGAUGGUGGAGUGUAAGAAAGCGCAGCCUAAGGAAGUGAUGUCGCCGACUGGAACGGCCCGAGGUCGCUCCAGGGUCAUGCCCUACGGCAUGGACGCCUUCAUGCUGGGGAUAGGCAUGCUGGGGUACCCGGGAUUCCAGGCUGCUUCCUACGCGAGUCGGGGCUACACUGGACUCACGCCUGGCUACACCUACCAGUUCCCAGGUCCGUUGCUGCUGCCUCCAACCGCAACCCUUCCAUCAUCAGCUGGGAGAGCGGGCCAGACCGGGGUACAGACCUCCCAGUGGCCACCCUCAAUGCUGCUCCAGGACUGGCCAACAGGAGCGAUCCCCCUCACCGCGUACGGACCAAUGGCGGCGGCUGCCGCGGCAGCUGUAGUUCGCGGGACAGGCUCCACCCCGACCCGCACGGGCGGGUUCCUGGGGACCACCAGCCCGGGGCCGAUGGCCGACCUGUAUGCGGCCGCCAACCAGGACUCGGGGGUGAGCAGCUACAUCAGUGCGGCCAGCCCUGCGCCCAGCACUGGGUUUGGCCACAGCCUCGGGGGCCCGUUGAUCGCGACAGCUUUCACAAACGGUUACCACUAAAGCAGAGGCCUGCAAAUCUGAAAAAGGAGGGCCUUGCCUGCGAGCACGAGGAUGGGAUGUGGGCCUUGGUGGAGCUCAGGCAACUUUGACCAUUUUACUGCACACACUGACUUACUACCAUUAACCCACCUCCCACCGCCCCGUCCCAACAACUGAAGAGAACAUCUCACUCCUACACUAACAUUCAAAGUUUACGCUUCUUUGUUUCUCCUGACUUUUUUUAAUUUAUUUUAUUUUAAUUUUAUUUUUAGCUUAAGGAUCGAUCAGUUUUAAGCCGUGUCUUCCUUUUGACGUUGUUGCUUAUUUGAAAGUGUUUAGAUGCAUACUUUUUAAGAUGAGAGUUUGUGAUUGUGUUAGAACAUUUUUGCUGAGGAACUUUUUUUUUUUUGUUCUUUUUUUUUUGCUUCAUAUCUUUUGACCUUUUAUUUUGCCAGAUCUUGUUUUUAAUGAGUAAGAGCUAAAGAGGGUAAUGUAAAACACUCCAAAAGAAAAUGAAAUCUUGUCUAAAUACAAUUUAUUUUGAUAUUCUUUGUAAAUGUCAUCUAUUAACACUGAAUUCCAGUUAGCAUGGAUCAAACAUCUGCAGGUCAAAAAUGUAUAUUUUGGUAAAAAAAAAAACACUAUGAAUCAUAAAAGUAUUUUUUUCUGAAAUUGGAUAAAACGUUUCUGUAAAAUAUGUAAAUAGAACAAGCUGGAUUUGUAUUUGCCUUCUGCACAAAAGGUUCUUUUUUGAGUACAGUAGUAUUUUUCAGAAAAGGUUAGUUUGCAGGUGCCUACACAGCCUGAGGAUUAGCAAUACUGUAGUGAACUCCCAGCAAAAUCUUGUAGUUGGUGUUUUUAUGGGGCUAAUAUUACCGUAGGAUUGCUUUUUAUUCUCUGACUUCUCAUUUAAAUGAAGGACAUUGGUUAAAGAUUUAAAAAAUAUUAAAAGAUGACCAGUAACCUGAAGAGGGUCAUGAAGCUGCUAAAGAAACAACAUUU